GUUCGAGCAAACAGUUUGUUAUCUGUGGUCGGCCAUUUUGGAUUUUGAUAAUCUUAUUGACCGUAGAAACAAUUUUGAUGUUUUUCAACCUACCUGUAAUUUUAUUAGUAAAUUAACGUUGCCGUUACGCGACAUAAUCGCGGCCCUUUUGCCACCGUCAUCGCCUCGUGUGCCGCUCCUCUCCAAAGGGGUCAAAUAGUGUCCAUACGAUCAGCUGUCACGUACUACUGACGUGUAGAACACAAACAAAUCUUAUAUUUUGGGUUUGCUAUGCUGUUUUCACGAUGAACGGCACGUUUAACGAGCAGCUCGGGGGCGUAGCCGGGGUGUUCGAGCAAUGGGGAGCCUGCGAGCAGACGGUGCUGGCGUGCACGCUGGCGCGGCGCGUGCCGUGGCCGGGCCUGAAGCUGGUGCAGCGCGCGGUGGAGGCGGCGCUGCGCAGCCACGUCGAGGACGAGAGGCUGGAGCGCGACGCCAACGAUGAACUCCUGCUGGCCGGCCUGCUCACAGUGCGCGACGACGACGAUGACGGCUGCGAGCGCCUACAUCGUCUACUAGGCCUUCUACCUCUGCUGCGCGUGGAUAGCCAGCGCUGCAAGGAGCUGUACGUAGCAGCUGCGCCGGCGCUAGUACAACGCUGUGUUGACGCUCCGCGCCGCAGCGCCGUCGUACCCGAGCUGUGUCGACAGCUGCUGUGUUACUUACUCGUUCAUCCCGCGCUUACGCAUCACGACCAAGGGAUAUUAAAACAAUGGCUAAUAUACCUAGAGAAUUAUAUAGCCGGCAACAGAACAGAAAACGUAUGGAAACCAAGGAUAGACCCCUGCCUUAUGCCAGACUCAAACAUUUGGGGCACAAACAGUACAUUCAGACGGACUAUCGGCAAGAACGUGGAGUUCCGAGGCAUACUAGACUCUGUAGAGCACUACAGUACUGACAUAUUACAGGAAUCAUUCUCCAAAAACGGCCGCGAUGUAGAUAUUAGUAUAGAAGGAGAGAAAUUAAAUUUUGAUGCGACGAUAGCUCAGCCUAAGUCACAGAGAUCGAAUAGUUUGACGCCUCCUUCUAGUAAUUUUAUGCAGAUGUCGUCUUCGGCGGAGAAUUUGAGCGACGAGCCCUUUGUACAGAAGCCUCGGAGUUUCUCUCUGUCGAGUGAGCACAGUUUGAGUCAGUUACGGCCUAUCAGUAUAAUGUACGGUACGACGGGUAGUGAGACGCGGUUGGACGACUUGCGGUCGCACAACUUCGGCAAGCACCCGGGCAUGUCCAACGUAGCGCAGUGGCUGAAGAGCCUGCGCCUGCACAAGUACGAGUGGCUGUUCACCAACAUGAGCUACGAACAGAUGAUGACUAUGGACGAGAAGUGCUUGGAGGAAUUAGGCGUGACGAAGGGCGCCCGCCACAAGCUGCUGCUGUCGAUCAAGAAGCUGUCGGAGCGCGGCGCCGCCCUCGAGGGCGCCGAGGCCGAGCUGCGCGCCGGCCUGCCCGCCCGCGCCCUGCAGCGCCUGCGCCACGUGCUGCUCAGCCCCAUGCCGCCCGCCUCCGACCUGCCCGCCGCCAUCGUGCGGGCGCUGCACCUGGGUACGUACAGCUGUGUGUAUGUCAUGUGCUGCAGCGCCUGCGCCACGUGCUGCUCAGCCCCAUGCCGCCCGCCUCCGACCUGCCCGCCGCCAUCGUGCGGGCGCUGCACCUGGGUACGUACAGCUGUGUGUAUGUCAUGUGCUGCAGCGCCUGCGCCACGUGCUGCUCAGCCCCAUGCCGCCCGCCUCCGACCUGCCCGCCGCCAUCGUGCGGGCGCUGCACCUGGGUACGUACAGCUGUGUGUAUGUCAUGUGCUGCAGCGCCUGCGCCACGUGCUGCUCAGCCCCAUGCCGCCCGCCUCCGACCUGCCCGCCGCCAUCGUGCGGGCGCUGCACCUGGGUACGUACAGCUGUGUGUAUGUCAUGUGCUGCAGCGCCUGCGCCACGUGCUGCUCAGCCCCAUGCCGCCCGCCUCCGACCUGCCCGCCGCCAUCGUGCGGGCGCUGCACCUGGGUACGUACAGCUGUGUGUAUGUCAUGUGCUGCAGCGCCUGCGCCACGUGCUGCUCAGCCCCAUGCCGCCCGCCUCCGACCUGCCCGCCGCCAUCGUGCGGGCGCUGCACCUGGGUACGUACAGCUGUGUGUAUGUCAUGUGCUGCAGCGCCUGCGCCACGUGCUGCUCAGCCCCAUGCCGCCCGCCUCCGACCUGCCCGCCGCCAUCGUGCGGGCGCUGCACCUGGGUACGUACAGCUGUGUGUAUGUCAUGUGCUGCAGCGCCUGCGCCACGUGCUGCUCAGCCCCAUGCCGCCCGCCUCCGACCUGCCCGCCGCCAUCGUGCGGGCGCUGCACCUGGGUACGUACAGCUGUGUGUAUGUCAUGUGCUGCAGCGCCUGCGCCACGUGCUGCUCAGCCCCAUGCCGCCCGCCUCCGACCUGCCCGCCGCCAUCGUGCGGGCGCUGCACCUGGGUACGUACAGCUGUGUGUAUGUCAUGUGCUGCAGCGCCUGCGCCACGUGCUGCUCAGCCCCAUGCCGCCCGCCUCCGACCUGCCCGCCGCCAUCGUGCGGGCGCUGCACCUGGGUACGUACAGCUGUGUGUAUGUCAUGUGCUGCAGCGCCUGCGCCACGUGCUGCUCAGCCCCAUGCCGCCCGCCUCCGACCUGCCCGCCGCCAUCGUGCGGGCGCUGCACCUGGGUACGUACAGCUGUGUGUAUGUCAUGUGCUGCAGCGCCUGCGCCACGUGCUGCUCAGCCCCAUGCCGCCCGCCUCCGACCUGCCCGCCGCCAUCGUGCGGGCGCUGCACCUGGGUACGUACAGCUGUGUGUAUGUCAUGUGCUGCAGCGCCUGCGCCACGUGCUGCUCAGCCCCAUGCCGCCCGCCUCCGACCUGCCCGCCGCCAUCGUGCGGGCGCUGCACCUGGGUACGUACAGCUGUGUGUAUGUCAUGUGCUGCAGCGCCUGCGCCACGUGCUGCUCAGCCCCAUGCCGCCCGCCUCCGACCUGCCCGCCGCCAUCGUGCGGGCGCUGCACCUGGGUACGUACAGCUGUGUGUAUGUCAUGUGCUGCAGCGCCUGCGCCACGUGCUGCUCAGCCCCAUGCCGCCCGCCUCCGACCUGCCCGCCGCCAUCGUGCGGGCGCUGCACCUGGCGUCGAAGUGCCUGAGCAACGCGCCGGCGCCGCCCAUGCGCGUGACGUCACAGCUCUGCGACGACGACCACGAGCCGCCCGUCGACCCCAUGUCUCUGCACUGCUGGCUCGUCGAGAAGGCGCUGCACCACGAGGCGUUCACCCGGCCCGAGCUGCAGGAGACGCUGAAGGGCUUGCGGCACCGUCUGCCGCCGCGACAGUUCUUCCACCACGUGUCCGACAUGCCGCUCAACAGGCGCUGUCCCAAGAACAGCAGAUGGCGCGUAGGACAACCGCCAGGCCCCAAGCCCCGCGGCCGCGUGUGGAGCGGGGCGGCCGGGCCGCGCGGCAAGUCGCACUCCUACCCGCCGCACGCGCGCCCGCCCGCGCCGCCGCCGCACGACUACUCCUCGCUCGACGCGCUGUGCCUGCAGAUGACCGAGCAGGCCAUCAACUGACGGCCGCCGCCCGACGCUCCGCGCCGCCACUCGGCGGGGCAGCCGGCGACUCGCACGGUGCGGGUCACGGACGCCGCAGGAGGACACUCGGACACAUAGUAAUGUUACUACUGAGUAAGGUGUAUGUACGCACGAUUUCUUAUGAAAUCCUUAGUUUGUCGGACUGGGACCGCGGUGGGCGGGACCCUGACACGAGUAGCUAGAGAAAUUCCCGGAGCCCGGCGUCGGCGCUACCCGACGCCGGCCCGUCGACGUAUACAAAUUAUUCCUAGGUAGGCCAGGAUUAUAGCUUUUUAUAACGGAUCGCCCGCAUUCGGUAACUAUAGUUUCAGUCCCCGAAUACUUAGCGUUAAGUAUUCUCUAACGAUAGUACUAGUGUAAUCGGUGACAUCGACUCGAUCGUAUACAACUAAUCGUAUCCUACAUUUCUCUGGUGCUAAUUUUUGCGACGUUUUAUUUGUAGUUAGCUGUAUAGUGUAGUGCGACGUGACGCUGUGUGUGUGAGCGGUGUGUGUGUGUGUGACUGCGCCGGCGCAGGACUGACUGCGGCCGGUAACGAUUAUAUUAUUGUAAUGUUAACGUGAAUUAGUUAUUAACGUUGUUGACUGAUGUUUGCAUAAUUUAUAAAGUUCGCAAACGAUUAUUAUUUUUUAUUUUAAUCUUUAUUAUUUAGUCUAAUGGAUAUUUAUAUUCAGCAAUUUAAUGUUUUGACUGGAUCAAAAAUCUGAUUGUAAUGUGUGCAAUUUAUUAUUUUUUUAUUUACGCUAUAUUAUAAACUUAUAGAUUCAUGUAAAUAAUGAACUAGUUCACAUUGUAUUUAUAAGGGUUAUUGUUUUGUACAAAACACGUGUUGAUGACAGAUAUAAUAUAAUUAUAGCAAAAUGGUUUUGAAUAUUAUUAUGAAAUGUUUAUGAGCUGUUUCGUUUGGGGUUGACAUGCUGUCUACAGAUAUUUAUAUUUAGCCAAUUGUACAGAAGUUUACGGAGUAUUUAUUCUUACCCUCACUUACCUCAAUUGUCAUCUGUUAAUGUUUUGGUUCACAACUGUGUUCAAGAGCUUUAGUUACUAAUCUGUAGCGGACUGUGAUACGGUUUGUGUUUGGAUCAUGGAUCAUGCAUGAUAUUCAUCAGCACUCAAAUUAAAUACCUAUUGUAUAACAUA